UCGGGCAGGUGUCUGCGCGCUCUGCGCUCCGCGGCUCGGCCCUCCUCGGAGCAGCCAAUCGCGGGCGAGACGCCGGGCGCGCGCACGCUCCUCGGAGUUUAACGGUCGCGUGGGGCCAAUCUCCCGCUCCCGACCUGGGCGGAGGCGAGGACAGACCCUUUGGAAGUGCAGCAGAUUUCGAAGUGCUGAAUGUCAGCUGCUGAGGAUGCCUGUAGACGGUGAAGUGGCUGAAGAAGACUCGGAAGCCAUCUCCUCCUCUAGGAAGAGCAACAGUGUUUCCAAAUGACAGAGCUUAACAAUUUUCGUAUGAUAUGGAGGAUUUUGAUUUGGUGGAAACUUCACAAAAAACUUCACCUUCUUUAGAAUCUGGUAUCAAAAGUACUCCCCAUUCUCUUGGGUUGAGCUUACAUGCUAAUAGAAGUAGUCCCCACCUUAGUACAAAUGGGGUAUCCUCUUUCUCAGGGAAGACCGGACCACCAGUCAUUCAAGGCACAGUCGAAGUCCUCACUGCUUUAACACAAGAAUUGCAGAACAGUGGCCAGACUGACCCAGAACCUUGGAAGAACUGUGAGGCCAGGUGGUUGCAGCUGCUCAGGGUAGUUGAACGACAGUGCCAGGAGCAGAUUGUCACCCAGCAGGAGCGGUUCCACAGGCAGAUCCAGCGAAUACAGGAGGAGAUAAGGAAGCUAGUAAAACUACAGAUCAGCAAUGUUUCCUGGCCUUCAUGCAGCAGCAGUUCUGUGAGUGAACAGGUGUCCUCAGAAAGCCAAAUGGGCUUCUUCUCUGAAAACAGUGAGAGAAAUGAGUCUGUUAUCAGUUACCCAGAGUCUAAGGAACCUGAGACACAGCCAGAAUCAUCCGCAUGUCACCCAGACUGCAAUGUGGACAGCAGCUCAGUGAGUAGUGGCUACGGCACCUUCUGUAUCCUGGACAUGAACACUCACGGGGCUGAGGAGUCCACGGAACCCUUGGAGUCUGAGGCGGCUUCUCAGGGGCAACACGAAGCCCCUGGGGUGCAGGCACAGGCCCCUGUAGGUGGCAUAGCUGCCAUUAACUUUUUCACACACACCCCUGAAGAGCUUUGUGCAUCCCUGAAGGAAGAUGUCUCCACUUUUCCUGGUGAAUUUGAACAUAAUUUUCUUGGUGAAAACAAAAUUUCUGAAGUAUACAGUGGAAAAGCAAAUAGUAUUAAGUCUGUAACAUCAUGGGCACAAAAGCUAAAGCAGAACCAGCCCAAGCAAGCACAUACAGAAGAUGGCUGCUCAAGACCUAAGCCAGGGAACGAGCCAAACCGGAAGCCUCCAGUUGAAACAGCUAACCUUGCUGCUGCAGCUGUACAUCCUUGUGCCUUUUACCUCAAUAAACCAACUGAAAGCUCAGGUUCUUGGAUGUCUGAUUCAGGAACAGGGUUGACUUACUGGAACUUGGAGGAAAAAGACAUGUAUCACUCUUUGCCUGAAACUUUGGAGAAGACAUUUGUACCAUCCCCUCCAGAGAGGCCUCUGAGCCAGGUCCUGUCUCUCGACCCAUCCAUUCACAUGAAGCCAAAGGAGCAGAUGUCGGGGAUUCAGCCCCAUGGCUUUUUGAAUGCUCUGGAUGACAGAAUAUCCUUUUCACCAGACUCUGUUCUGGAACCAAGCCUGUCUAGUCACUCUGACAUUGACUCAUUUUCACAAGCAAGUCAUAACGCUUCUCAGGUAUCUGGGUUCCCCAAAUAUCCUUCAAGUAUGAAAGCAUCGCCCGUGGACACUUGGAAAAACCAUGCAUUCCAAAAUGAAAGCAGGACCGCUUCCACGAUCCCUUCACUCUACACCAUCACUAGCAACGAUAUCUCAGUCAAAACUGUAGAUGAAGAAAACACUGUCACAGUGACUUCUGCCUCAGUCAGUCAGUCCCAGCUUCCAGGUACAGCCAACCGUGUCCCAGAAUGCAUUUCAUUGGCUUCCCUGGAAGAUCCUGUGAUGUUUUCUAAAAUCAGGCAGAACCUCAAGGAAAAGCAUGCACGGCACGUAGCAGAUCUUCGAGCUUAUUAUGAAUCGGAGAUAAGUAGUUUGAAACAGAAACUGGAGGCAAAAGACGUUUCUGCUGUUGAAGAGUGGAAGAAGAAAAAUGAAAUUCUUGUAGACAGAUGUGGCCAAUUGGAUAGUGCAUUGAACGAGGCUACUAGUCGAGUGCGAACACUUGAAAAUAAGAAUAAUUUGCUAGAGACAGAAGUGAAUGAUUUGAGAGAACGCUUCAAUGCAGCCAGCAGUGCCUCCAAGAUUUUGCAGGAACGAAUCGAAGAAAUGAGAACAAGCAGUAAAGAAAAGGAUAACACCAUCAUUCGGCUAAAAUGUCGGCUGCAGGAUCUGGAAGAAGCAUUUGAGAAUGCCUACAAGCUCUCAGAUGAUAAAGAUGCUAGGCUGAAACAAGAAAACAAAAUGUUUCAAGAUCUCUUAGGAGAGUAUGAAUCCCUCGGAAAAGAGCAUGGGCGAGUAAAGGAUACAUUAAACACAACUGAGAACAAAUUGCUUGAUGCACACACUCAGAUUUCUGAUUUGAAAAGGGUGAUCUCAAAACUGGAAGCUCAGGUGAAGCAAGUAGAGCAUGAGAGCAUGCUGAGUCUCCGUUAUAGCACUAAAGCUGCCGCGAGGCCGUCCCAGGCCAGCAUGCUAGCCACCUCAGAUGUCAGCAGGAGGAAGUGGCUGAUUCCGGGAGCAGAAUACUCCAUCUUCACUGGGCAGCCUCUGGACACCAGGGACAGGAAGACAGAUAACCAGCUGGAGGAAACCACUGUUCCUGGAUACCAUUCUCCUCCAGAAAAGGACUCUUCCCUUGGACGGUCACCAGCAAACUUACUGAGUAAAAAGCAGAGGGACUCUUCAGACACACCAGUCAUGAAAGCUUUAAAGGAACUCGAUGAAGAAAGAAUAUUUAAAAAUUGGGGGACACAGACAGAGAAAGAGGAUACCUCAAGUAAAUUAGUGAAUCCUCGGCAAACUGAACCUUCAGUCAAUACAGGCCGCUCCCCAGAGAAAUGUGCCCAGCAGAGACCAAAGAGACAGAGUUCAGCUUCACAAAGGUCGUCAUCUCUCCCACCCUCCAAUCGUAAAGCAAACACUCCAACAAAAAGAGAGAUUAUGUUAACGCCGGUGACUGUGGCUUAUAGUCCUAAGCGGUCCCCUAAGGAAAAUUUGUCCCCAGGAUUUAGUCAUUUGCUUAGCAAAAAUGAAAGCAGUCCAAGUCGAUUUGAUAUCCUUUUGGAUGAUUUAGAUACUGUUCCUGUGUCCACGUUACAACGAACCAAUCCAAGGAAACAGCUCCAGUUUCUUCUAGAUGACUCGGAAGGAAAAAAGUAUUCAGAAAAAGCUAGUGAUGACCCCGUUAAUCAUAGUUCUUGUCCUAAGCCCUUGCCAAAUGGAGUGAAGAAAGUGUCCGCGAGACAAGCCUGGGAGAAGAGUAAAUCAGUUAGCCUCGAGCAGUGUAAGCCAGUGUCAGCAGCGCCACAGGGUAAUGAUUUUGAAUAUACAGCAAAAAUUAGGACCCUAGCUGAAACGGAGCGAUUUUUUGAUGAACUUACAAAAGAAAAAGACCAGAUUGAGGCAGCACUAAGCCGAAUGCCUUCUCCUGGAGGAAGAAUCACUUUACAAACAAGACUUAAUCAGGAAGCCUUGGAAGAUCGCUUGGAAAGGAUCAAUCGUGAACUGGGUUCAGUUCGAAUGACACUCAAGAAGUUUCAUGUCUUGCGCAGUUCUGCAAAUCUUUAAGAUUGGUAGCCAUUAAAUUUGAGACAUUUUUAUUUGCACUAAUGUACAAUUAUGCACUUGGAGAAGAAAAGCUCUUUUGUACUGUUUAUAAGCCUUCAAACAGUAGUUUUACAAUCAUGCUAUUCUUACACUUGCUAUUUUAUACUUCAAAUGGCCACAUAUUUUCAAGAUAUUUUUGCUAUGCUCAGGAACCUCUUGUAUAUUUUACUAUUUAAAAAGCAUUAUUUUUAAAUAGUAUUAUGUCUUCAAUUUCUAUCAACAGUAAGAAAAUGUAAAAAGGGGAGGCAGCUUGUUUCUAAAGAAAUAGUGUUAUCCUUUUACAAUGAACUUUGCACAUCAAUUUUAUAAACUUGUUCUACAUUGUAAAUAUAAUUCAUUUUGAAAAUAAAUGCUUGAUAGCUUCUAUAAGGAUAGGCUAACAUGCUGGACAUUUAAAAAAAUAUAGUAUAGUUUGCAUUUAGGUUCUGUAGAAGUUUUUAAGAAAUGAUAACACAAUUCCUAUGUGAAACAUAGGCCUUGUAGUGAAUAGUAGAAUAAUUGGGCCAGCAAAAUGGCUCAGCAGGUAAAAGUGCUUGCCACCAAGCCCAGCGACCAGUUUUGAGCUCCAUUAUUCACAGGUUAAAAAGAGAGAAAUGACCCCUGCAAGUCGUCCUCUGACCUCUACAGAUACACUGUGGCACGUUCCUGCCCUUUCCUACCCCAGUAGAUAAGUCAAUAUUUUUAAAAAUUAGUAAUAAUUUCAGUGUUUAAAAACUACAUAUAACCUAUUUCUCCAAAAUAUCUUUAUUUGUGAGGAAAGAAAAAAAAAUCAGAAAGCAGCAGGUGAGCACUGGAGUUUUCUGUUCAUCAUCCAUGAUUUAAGUUAUGUCACAUCUUGGACAGUUUCCAGGGCAGCUUCCCUUUCCAUUAAGCCCAUAGCUUAGCUCCCAAGGUGAUCAUACAGACAUUUCACCUCACCUGACCCACCAUUCCACCCUUGCCAAAAAGAAACGUAGCUGCUGUAAUGACUGUUGGUCUACACCAAGAGCACUGUAUAAUCAGAGCACUGCCUGAUCAUAGACAGGGCGGUGUCCAGAGAGAGAGCCUGGAGCCUUUGCCCAGGGCCUUGCUGCAGACUGUGGCCCACCAUCUGGGCUCCCUAGCUCUGAGAGCACUGUGUGGGCAGGAGAAGCUGUUCUGGUCUAGGAGCAGCAAGUACCCUGCUUGUGUUGGGACUGUUGGUGAUGUCUGGGCUGCUCUCCCACUUACUUUCUGCUGACCAGUCUGAACCUAGCACCCACAUAUUUGUGCUCAGAAUCUGCAGAUAGACUCAUCUGAGCUCUCAUCAUUGAUUUCCAGGGCCAGUGCUCAGGUUUUUGAUUUGGUUUGCUUCUGAGUUCUUUCUCCAUAUGUAGCUUUUCAUGUGUGGUUACAAUGAACCAAGGCAUCCCAGCAAUUCUGUUAGAUGUGUAUGCCUCAGCAGGAUUUCAGGUGGUCUUUGAACAGUUUCUCACCAAAGCUUCACCUGGUGAUAGGCCUGGGCCCUGUUCUACUUGUGGGGACUCUCAGGCAGGAGGGGACUCUGGAGAUGGGACUGAACCUUUGAGUUUAUCUUCAGGAGCCAGCUCAAGACUAAUCAGGAUUUCUUAUUGUUAGAAGCAAGUGCCUUUAUUCUUGAUUUUUCUUUUAGCCUUUUAAAAAUUGUUAGAGUUAAAUAAAUAAAUAAAAAGGUUCAUUUAAUCAAGCUUCUGUACAGCCUUUGUCUAGAGCUCAUGCAGGGAUAGUCUGUUUUUAAACAUGACCCUGUCUCUGUGUGCGACAGGCAGAACUAACAAGCUGGGAGUAUAACAGGCGCAGUGGUAGUGUGCUUGCCUCGCAUGUGAGGGCACAGGUUCUGCCCCAGCACCAACAAACAAGACUACUUGAACAAGCUGACAAUGUUUUCGUAGAUCUCAUUGUUCCCUCCUUUUAUUGUACAGUCUACUACAUUCUCAAGAAGAAAGAAAUUACCACUUCAGAUGAGGUGGUGGCUUUAUCUUGCCAAGGAGUUAUCUUCUUAGGUGCCUAUAAUUGGCUUAUUCCAAAAAAGGCAUUAAGCGCCAUCAAAACAUCUUCUGUGCUUCUCAGAAAGCAUAUGCUUUGGUUUUUGAAGUGUGUAAUAGAUUUAAACUAUCAAUUACUUACUUGAAAAAGAAAUUUUAUUCUUUUCUUCUUCAUAGCUAUGAAGAAAGACACCAAGGAAAAUUCUUGCAGCUGCCUCUCCCCUUAGUAAUGCAUAUCUUUUGAACACUCAACUAAAAAGCAACUGAGCCUAAAAGCGGGAAGGGUAGCAGUCUUAAAGAGCAUCUGUUACCCAAGAUAGGCAAACUGUUUCUGUGCUGGGAUGUGCAUGCAGCUAGUUAAAAACCAACUCAGUGAGCCUGCAGCUUUUGGGAAGUGCCUUUUAAAAUGUAUAUAGAAAGUGAAUUCUCCCACUAUGGAGAUCUGCCUCUUCCUUCUCACAAAACCAGGAGCCACAGGGGAUGGCUCCAGGUAAAGCAUUAGCACUAAAGCGCAGCUGCUGGGGAAGGGGCUUGGAGCCAGCCAGACCCAGGUCACACCCUGGCUCUGGCCUCCUUUCCUCAGUGUAAAGACCAAAUGAUAAGGAGAUACCUUUCAGUUCAGAUAGGCCAGUGUGUAGUAAUCGUGCACCAAACAGCAUGUUUUAGAUUUAUCAGUUACUGUGAUUUUGAGAUAGUGAUUUUUUUAACUGAUUGAUUUAUUUGUAUUUUAUGUGCACUGGUACUUUUCCUGCAUGUGUGUCUGUGUGAAGGUGUCAGAUCCCCUGGAACUGAAGUUACAGGCCGAUGUGAGCUGCCAUGUGGGUGCUUUGGGUAUUGAACCCAGGUUUUCUUUAAGAGCAGCCAGUGCUUUCAACUACUGAGCCACAUCUUUCCAGCCACACACAUAUAUAUUUUUAAAGGUAUACUAGGGCUUUGCACAUGCUGGCUAAUUUCACCGCUGAGCUUUAUAUCCCAACCCAGUGAUUGCUUGUUAAAGUUGAUGAUUUGCUUCAAUAUUGGAAUGUCAUUUUUUAUUAGGUGGUCUGUGUAUUCUUUGCUCGUUUAUAAAAAUCAAGGGUUUUCUUGCAUUUUAAAUGAAUUUUCUUGGUAUACUAUUUACUUAUUGGUUGACUAAAAUUGUAAAAGAUUAACUCAUCAAAUGUAAAUUCAGAAAGCAUUUUGAUCUUAAUUGAUGAAUGGGAUUUAUUGAGUAUAAAUAUUGGCUUUUUUCCAUUAUAGUUUAUUGUUGUUUUAACCAAAAUAACUUUUCCUUCAAAUGUUCCAUAAUUAGGCCCUUUAAGACAGUGGACCACCUGGAAGAGGUGCCUGUCACUGAGUGUUAGACUUCAUGGAUUUAUAACCAUUGAGAGACUAAUGUUUCACUUUCAACCUAGAAAAGCCAGGUGCUUUGCUAAAUGCUGCUUGUCUUUUGAACCCUGCACCCAAAUGUGUCGUAAAACCAGACAUUUAUAUCAUCUUAGGUUUCACAUGUCUCAAGAAAAAUUUUCACUAAUUUUAAAUGUGCCACUUCGUAGUGCAAGUCUCUAAGAUCCUUAAAAAAGUAAGUCACGGAUAGACUUUCAGUAGUCAUAAAGGGAAAUCGUAUUCGUCGGUGGAUCAUGCAUACUUUCAGAUGAUUAAACCCCUGGUAUUGCACAGGUUUUGCCAGAAAUUAUUUCCUGCCCUGCCAAGGAGCAAUAUGAAGUUUAAUACUUUGCUAAACUAGUCCAGUACUCUUAGAACUCACUAAAAGCCUUUCCCCAUCUGAUAUGCCCUUUAUUUCACUAGAGACCUCCGGUACAUGAGGACUCAAGCCAUACCUUUGGACUUGUUAAACUAUGCCUUCACUAUGACUACAGAUUUCAAAUUCUAUUUUCCUUACGUUGUCACUUUUCACUGUAACAGAGACCUAUAAUGUGAAAACAGUUGCUACAUACAGUGCUGCUGAUGGUCAGAUGAGUGCUGGUGGUGGUUGUCUUUUGAAAUCUGGUCAAACGCUGGAGUAAUAAAGUUGUAAGCUCCAUGAGAGCAGGGACCAUAUCUUCCAUCGUGCAUCCAGGCACUCAAUAAAUAUUUGUGGACCUGA